CACGUGACUGCUUGACCCCCAAACAGAAAUAAAGUGACUUUAGCUCGUAGGUUCGCUAUGUAUCUACGUCGGGGUUUACGGAUCCAGGCUGUCGGGAGCAGGUUGGCUCCGUUCGGCCGUUCGCACCGUGUCUGCGGCGCAGAGGUAGCUGCUCUGACAGUCCUCUUUGCUGCUGUUGUGCUAAUGAACCUCGACCUGUCGCUCGCCGCUGCUGCGGAGCGCUGCGACAGUCCUGCUGGCGGUGGCUGUGGGAGACCUGCCGGGCACCCCCACCACCACCACCAGGAGAGACCUCUGUGCACCAAAAGUGACGAGGUGAGGCUGGCGGAGGAAGCCAGCAGGAGGUACGGCUCCCUGGCCCCCACCAUCUUCUCCAAAGUCAUCGAUAAAAGCAUCCCUGCUGACAUUAUUUAUGAAGACGACAAGUGUUUGGCUUUCAGAGAUAUCAGUCCUCAGGCUCCUGUUCACUUCCUGGUUAUACCAAGAGUCCCCAUUCCCAGGAUCAGCGAGGCCAAGGAUGAUGAUACCGAGCUCCUGGGACACUUGCUGGUUGUUGCCAAAAAUGUGGCAAAGCAAGAAUCUCUAGAUGAAGGAUAUAGAGUGGUGAUCAACGACGGGAAGCACGGUGCUCAGUCAGUGUUCCACCUUCACGUCCACGUGCUGGGAGGACGACAGAUGAAGUGGCCGCCGGGAUAACUCUUUCAUGGAUAUGCUGAUGUGUUCGUCACAUGCUAACUUUAUAUCGCUUUCUUUUUCUCCUUGUCUCUGGUUCUGUUUACACGACUUUCACAGUAGAAAAGUUAUGUGCACGGUGAGGCUUUGGGUCUGUCUACUUUUUUUAUCAAUCCAUUUUGUACAUUUAAAAUGUGAAUAUGUUGAUUUUUGACUAGUAUAACAAAUCAAAAGUAAAUACUAUGUUUGAUAUGGAAAAAAUAAAGACUCUAAAUAAAAAAAAUACAA